ACAGUUGCGCUUCAUUGGUUGGAAAGCUGUGGUUAUGGUAACGUGGAAGUGAUAUGAAUUGUAUUUAUGUGUUUUGUUAUGUUUAUAUUUUUGUAUUUAGUUUAGUUAGUUUAAAGCCGUAUUCCUUUCGGACUUUUACGGACAAAGAUGUGAAAAUGUAUAGAGAGAAAGUUGUACAAAUGUUUCAUCAUGCUUAUGAUCAUUAUUUGAAGAGUGCUUUUCCGUAUGAUGAGCUCCAACCAAUUUCUUGUAAGGGUAUGGAUACAUGGGGAAGUUUUUCAUUAACUCUUAUAGAUGCUCUGGAUACUCUAGCUGUGAUGAAGAAUUAUACUGAAUUCAGGCGGGUUGUAAAUACUCUUUUGUCUACAGCAGAUUUUAAUGUGAAUAUCAAUGUGUCUGUUUUUGAAACAAACAUUCGAGUGGUUGGUGGUUUGCUCUCUGCUCAUCUCCUCUCAAAAAGAGCAGGAAUGGAUGUUGAUCCUGGCUGGCCAUGUUCAGGACCACUUUUAACACUUGCUGAAAAAGUUGCUCGUAGGCUAUUGCCAGCUUUCCAGACUAAAACCGGAAUGCCAUUUGGAACUGUAAAUUUGCAAUAUGGUGUGCCAGAAGGAGAAACACCAAUAACUUGCACUGCUGGUGUUUCAACUUUUAUUGUGGAAUUUGGAACUUUAAGCCAGUUAACAGGUGAUCCAAUAUUUGAAAAUGUUGCUGUGAAUGCUUUAGAAGCUCUAUGGAAAAGAAGAUCCCAAUUAGGAUUGGUAGGCAAUCAUAUCAAUGUACAGGAUGGAAAAUGGACAGCUUUAGAUUCUGGAAUUGGUGGUGGAGUUGAUUCCUACUUUGAAUAUUUGGUAAAAGGUGCCAUUUUAUUUCAAGAACCCAAAUUCCUGAAAAUGUUCAAAGAAUAUGAAAAGUUGAUAUCCAAAUAUAUGAAAAGAGAUGAUUGGUACUUCUGGGUGAGCAUGAAUAGUGGUCAAGUAACAAUGCCUACGUUCCAAUCUUUAGAAGCAUUUUGGCCUGGUCUUUUGACAUUAGUUGGUGAUAUUGAGCAAGCUGUCAAAACAUUGUAUAACUAUCAUUCGAUAUGGAAGCAGUAUGGUUUUACCCCUGAAAUUUAUGAUGUUUCUCACAGUCAUGCUAAAAGGGAAAACUACCCUCUAAGACCAGAGUUCAUUGAAAGUAUCAUGUAUUUAUAUUAUGCAACAAAAGACCAGCAUUUGCUUGAAAUAGGUGUUGAUAUUUUAGAAUCCAUUGAACGUAGUGCCCGAACAGAAUGUGGAUAUGCUACAAUUAAAAAUGUCCUGGAUCAUAAGAUUGAAGAUAGAAUGGAAUCUUUUUUUCUUGCUGAAACUACGAAAUAUCUUUAUCUUUUGUUUGAUCCUGAUAAUUUUAUCCAUAAUAAUGGUUCAUGUGGUGAACUAAUUGAAAUGUCUGGUGGGAGCUGUAUCAUAGGAGCGGGUGGCUAUGUCUUCAAUACCGAAGCCCAUCCAAUUGAUAUUGGUGCUGUAUAUUGUUGCAGUGCGAGACAUCAUGAUCAUCAGUUACGUUUGUAUGAAUUUCAAAAGAACAUGGAUUUGCAUUCCCUUUUGGAGAUAAGAGAUAAUAAAGACUUCUUUAGAACAUUCAAAGGAAAUAAAAAGCAUAGUUUUAAAUCAAAAAAUCCUAAGUAUCAGCUUGAAAAUUUUAAUACCGAUGAUGCAAAUCUAUUGAAUAGUUCCACUGAAGAAAUUUCAUACCUUGUAAAUUCUAAUACAAAUGUUAGUGUAAAAAACGAUAUUAAUGCAAUUUUCACAGAUAGUAGCAGUAAUGAUAGCACUUCAGAUGUUAUUUCAUCUGCUAACUCUAAUGCUACUAGCACUUCAGGUGUAAUUUCAUCUGUUAACUCUAAUGCUAGCACUUCAAGUGUAUUUUCAUCCCUUAACACUAAUGCUAGCACUUCAGAUGUAAUUUCACCAUUUUACACUAAUGCCGUCAUUUCCGAUGUAAUUUCACACCUUAACGAGAAUGAACUUACUGAAGAAAAUGCUAACUAUUUUGGAAAUAAUUCAAAUGGUAAUUUACAGCCAAAUCAAUCAUUUUUAAAAAAUGUGAGUAUUAAUAACUUUGUUAAUAAUGCAACCGAGCUUAACAUUGAACAGCAGUCAGUGUCAGAGAAUAUUGCCACAAAUAAUAAAGUUGACAAAGAAAUCCUUGAACUAUUUUCGAUUGAUGACGCUUUAAAUGAACAAUUAAAAUCUCAAGCAUUUCAAGAAAUGGUAUUAAACUCUACGUUUGAAGAAGCGCAGUUAAUGAUAAUUACUAAUGAAACAUCCUCUAAUUCUACAAUACCGAACAGUUUAGAUAAAGAAAUUCAAGAAACAAUAACUAGUUCAUCGACUGACUCGUUUGAUAAAGAAUUUUAUAGGUAUGAACUUCUUUUUUGUCCUGCUCAGCCAUUUACUGCUAGGCUCAAUAUAAUGGGUGAAAUGUUUAAUGUUUAAACUUCCAUUAAGCAUGUUGUGUAAUUCUGUAAGUUAUUUAAAUGUGUUUCACGUUUUUCAAAAGAGGAGACUAUUUUUUUACUUGCAAAGAGUGUGAACUAUGCACUUUCUUUUUAACAGUGAAUUUUUUCCCCUCUUUGUGGUUCCAACUUCAGUGCCUUAAGUGUUUUAAAUGCCUUAACUCCACAAAUACUUUUUUGUUUUUAAAAAUUAAUUUAUAUUUUUUAUAGAUAAUCUGUUGACGCGAAUUGGUUAACAAUGCAUACAUUAUAUUAAUAUUUGUUUCUUUGCCUUUUCUUAAAUGAAUUUUUAUAUUUUUUAGAAUUAAUCAACAGAUGAAUAUAUUUUUGACUUAUUUAAUUGUAGUACACCUUUAUUUUUUUAAGUAUAGUUAUAUUUUAUGUGAUAUUUAUGGAAGCUUAGUAAAAAGCUUUAUAAUUAAGUACAUAAUAUUAAAAGAUUUAUCAUAAAAAUAAAUUUGUUUUCUAAAGACUUGUUGCCAAAUUCUCAAACUACUAACAUAGAAACUAAGCAGUAGAUAUCAGUGGAUGCUUUAAAAGCAGCAGUAUGGGAUUAUAUCUGAAUUCUGUCUCUCUGUAUUUGAUAUAUUCUUGGUGUUUUCAAAAACAAUUUCACCUUGAAUUCCUUUAUUGCGUAUACUUUCUUUAAAUUUUUAAGGCAUUAGAUGACAAUACUUUGCAUUUCUUUUCUGAGAAACAAUACUAUAUUGCUUGUUAAGUACACUAGAAUGUUACUUGCCUGCAUUAUCAAAAUUCCUUUCCAAUCAUGUUUUAUUGUAUAUUGAAGACUGAAAUAAUUUAAUGACAUCACAUGUUAUUCAUAGGUUUCUUCUAUUUCAUACUAAGGUUAGACAAAACUUAGUUUGAAAAGUAUAAUAUUUUAUUAUAUUAAGUGGAAGUAAAAUUAAACUUUCUGCAUCUGAAGUUUAUUUAAUUUUAAAUAAAUUCUCAACAGAAUGAGAUCUUGAUUUCUCAUAUUGCUGCUUUGCUGAAAAGAAUUUGUCCGGUUGUGUGUGUAAUAAUUUAAAUAGAUUACUAGUUUGAGAUUUAGAAGAUCAUAAAUUUUUCGUGUGUGUGCAUGUUUAUUCUAAUGAAUGUUUUUGUGAUUAUCUGUGUUAAGUUAUUAAAGAAAUAUUUAUGCAUGAAUGUGACAUUAAGACUUAAAAAUACUCUAAGUGUAUUUGUAUUUAAAAAUUUAUAUUUAAGUUAUUGAAAAGUGUUCGUUUCAUUCUUAAUAUUGGAGAUUUUUUUUAACAAAGGGUAAUUUGUAAAUUUGACCUUGAAAUUUCUGUAAAUAUCAGUUUUAGUCCUCUGAGUUCCAAGAGAAUUUAGAAUAUAUAAUACUCAAAAAUGAUAACUCAGAAUCAGUAUGAACUUGUCUGUUGAAAUCUGGUGUUUAAUUGUUACCCCAAAAUUCUAGAUUUGUGAAAAUGUUGGAUGAAAUCCUUCCACGGGAAGUCUGUCCGUCCAUCAGUGUGCAUAUGAACAAGUUCAUUCAAAUGAAUGCAAGCUGGAUUAUUCAAAUUUAACUUUAUGACCUGAAUUGUAGAUUUUUUUUUUCAAAUUUUGGACCAAAUCUUUUUCCUAGUUGACUAUCUGUUGGUCGGCUGAUAUGAGUGUAUGUGUGUGAAAUAACUCAAAAACGCAACAAGUUAGAUGAAUGAAUUUUAAAAUGUGUUUUUCUUUUAAAUUAUAGAUCUAGACCCGUAUCAGAUUUUUGAUCAUAUCCAUCUAUAGAUUGUCUGUUGCAUAUGAGUUGGAAUGAGCUAAAUAAAUGACAGUAGAUAUGUGAUCUUGAGACCAAAAUUGUUGAUAUGUAUCAAAAAUGUAUACUCAGCUAUCGCAUUAAUGAAGAUUACUGUAAUCGUGUCAUAUUGUGAAUGCAUACAAGAAAGUUCAGAAUAGUCUUAUUGUAUUAGGUUUGGAAAGAUUGUCGAACUGCAUUUGUGCUGCUAUUAAUUCUGAUACACUAAGCAAUCAAAAUAUCUUCAAACGGUACAAAAAUGUGAAUUUUACUAAUUACAGGCUCAUUAAAAAAUGCUUUACUUUCUGUUUAAAUAAAACCAGAGAAAGUGAUGGUAAUUGAAUUGAAAGAAAUGAAACAUUGUUUUUGUUUAUAUUUACGAUGCUUAAACUCUACUGAGGAUCACCCCAGAUAUGGGGAUGAAAAACUUAUGGAAUAUUGGUUGGUUUUCAGCAUCUUGUUGGGUAUAGUAACGGUGUGGACUGUGUAUGUCCUCUCCCUGCCAAUCACCCAAUGAUGAUGGAACAUAGCUCCUACUAGAGAGGUUGUAUCAUGAUUGUUGAUGGCCCUUAAUACUCGUGGUUCCCGAUUCAGAGUUGUUUUGAUAUUCAAAUCAUUUUAUCAAAUCUGUCUACAGUUCGGUAAGGCGGAUGCUACUUUGAAAUGGUUACCUUUGCAUUAAAGUGUUGUGUGUAAUUUUAGACAGAAUCUCUACUUCAAGUCAUUUAUGGAUUAAAAUUAAAAGCCCCCAGGGUGUUUAACAAUCUUAAUGAAACAGCAUUUAAACUUCGUAGCAGAAAAUCUUUAGUGAAAGUUGAGAUCAGCAUCUAAAAUAGUUUUUAAUGAGCGUCAAUUAAAAAAAAGAAAAAAGAUUAGUUCUUCCACUUGAGGAUGUGAUAGAGCUGUGGAAUCCUGAGUGUGAGUGCUUGAGUCAAUUUUGAUGGUCCUCUUAUCAAAGAAAGCACAACAAAUGGAUUUGUAUAUGAUGUUCUUUGAUAUCUUUUUAAAAAAUGAUGAAGCAUAGAAGUACUAGUUUUCUUAAACAUAUGAAUACCGAAAGGCUUUUAAACUAAGAUGCCAUAUGUUCCCAGCAUCAGGACAUUAAAAAGUGAAAGUGCACAUCAGUCUGAUCUUAUAACUGUAAAUUAUUUGAGUGGGUUCAAGAUUCUUUUCUCAUCAUAGUAGGAUUUUGGAACUUCCUGUAUGAUUUGGGGCGACUUCAGACGAUCAAUAAGAUCCAUUUUUGUCUAGUUUCUGUCUAAUUUGAAAAUUUUUAGCUUUCAGUGAAGAACUAGGAACAAGCCAAAAGGUCUGCUGCAAAGGUCUCUGAAUGAAGUACUGGUCAUAAGAACGUGUGUUGCUUGGUGAAGAUUCUCAGAUAAUCUGCUGGGUGAAGAAGUGCUGUAAAUUAUACAGUUGGCUAAUAACUAAGAAACUGUUGUAGAAUCUGUUCACAUUUGAUGAAAACGAAACCAUUAUCAAAAUUUGUUUAAUCUAACUGUCCAGUUAGCUUGAACCUUGCAGAAGGUGGUUAGCUGGGUCGAACCCUACAGAUGAAAAUUUUGAGUACUAACACGCACGCAGUCAAGUAUAAUAGAAUCAUAAGGGAUGAAUAAUUCCUAGUUCCACAGGGUCAGUACCAUUUCUAGUUCAGUAGGUCACCACUUGAAAUGUAAUUGCUUGAAUCGGUAAUUAUCUGAGGCAAUUCCAAACUUACUAUACAUUCUUAUAAUUCAAUAUUUAAGCUUGAAAAACUAAAAAUCUUAAACCUUAAACAUAGUGUAUUAUUUGUAUCACUAAUUCUUAUUUCAGUAUGGGCUACCAUCAUGUAGCAAACAGUUAAACUAUCUCAGGUGAUACUCAUUAAUAUUUAGUAGAAACGUAUAAUACUUUACCAUUUAGAUUAUUAAUGAUUGGGGCUUUAAAAUUGUUAUAUAUGUAAAGAAAUGCAGUUCUUCUAAAAUUUUAUGUUUUAUUAUUUACUAACAUCAAAAAUGAUCUCAGGAUUGCAUGCAAUUGUAAUAAUUACUUUUUAACCAACAAUCCUUGUCUUAUUGUUAAUAGGUAAUGGAAAUUAAAGUCCAUAAAGUAGGAUACGUGUGUCUAAAAUAAACGAAUGAAUUGUUAGUUACUAGUAGCAUAAUAGAAAAAGUGAUCUAAAAUGCAACAGAUAUUACGAAUAAAAAGAAAUUUCUUCUGUAGUUUUCACUCUCUGUGGCAAAUUUCAAUCUGCUAUUUGUUAGGCAUCUAGAGUAGGUAGACAUGUAGCUGACUCCUGGGCAGUCAUGUAUUUAAUGUUGCAGGAGAUUCUUACAAUGGGAGGACACGAGGUUGAAAAUCGAGUUCGGGAUGAGAUUUAGUAUAAUGGUAGUAUACAUUUAGAAUGUUCAUUCACGAAAAUAUUAAAGCUCAAUAGCCAGUCAAUUUCAAGAAAAUGACGUUCAGUUUUUGAGUAUAGCUUAUAUACUAAUAAUGCGUCGCCGUUGCCAAGUAAGUAAUAGUAUAGUGGAUAAGGCGCUGGCAUAGUAUCCUCUAGACUUAAGUCCUACCUAGUAUUUUUUGCUUUUUUGUUUUCUUCUAAAUUCAUAUUAAUUUAACUAUUUACAAAGUUUUUAUUAUGUUUUUCAUUUUUUAAUGCUAAAAUAUUUAUUCUCUUAAUUCUUGGAUUAUUAUUUAAUUUUUAGAAGAAAAAUAAUUAUAAAUACGAAUACGAUUUUUUUUUUUCAAUAUUGAAAAUAACUUAAAUUAACAAUUUAAAGAUGGUUUUGAUUAAUAUUAUGCUCACUUUUUGUUUGGAAAAAUAAAUGUAUUUUCUCUUAGCACAUGUAUUAUAAUUUUUUAAAGCGUUUUUCUUUUAAAAAAAUAUUUAAAUAAAGUUACGGACAGUUUUAUUUAAUAUGUAACUCUUUUAUCAAUCAAAAUUUAUGUUCUCAAAAUAAAUCUCUUUCAGAAAUAAAUGUUCAUUCACCAAAUACUUGAAUCAUAAUUUUAUGUUUAAGCAGGAAAAAUAAUUGCAAAUAUAAC